GCAACUCGCCGUGUUUACGUUUACCACAAAGAGAUGUUACGUAAUACUCUACCGAGACACAGCUCUCGCGAUGUUUCGCUAAUGGAAGCGUUCAAGUGUCAACAUCGGUCAGGCAGUAGCACUGUCCAGAGUAGAGAAGGGGUGUAAAGAGGCUGUUUAAACGUCGGAACAUUUGUCUGAGAUGGGGGAUGACCGACCCUUUGUAUGCACCGCCCCUGGAUGUGGGCAGAGAUUUACCAAUGAAGACCAUCUGUCAGUUCAUAAACACAAGCAUGAAAUGACAUUAAAAUUUGGUCCUGCCAGGACAGACUCUGUUAUCAUUGCAGACCAGACUCCCACACCCACACGCUUCUUGAAGAACUGCGAGGAGGUCGGGUUAUUCAAUGAGCUGGCUAGUUCCUUUGAAAAUGAGUUUAGCAAAACACAGGAUGAUGAGCAGAGGACAAAACACCCGGCUGCACCUUUACAACCAUCAUCUGAAGUAAAACAUGAGGAUGAGGGUCCUUUGGAGGUCGACUCCUCUCCUCCUGACAGUCCAGAUUCUUCCUCAAGCAUGUCAGACAACAGCGGAGACUCAAGGGUGAGAGGCAAGGAGAUUCUCAUAAAGCCCAGCUCUGCCCCUACUCCAACCAUUGUGCGUCCAGGUUCUCUUCCACUUCACCUGAGUAAUGACCCGUUACACCCAACUCUGCCAUCUCCAACAUCCGUCAUCACACAAGCUCCACCCUCCAACAGGCAGCUAGGGUCCCCAACAAGUGCUUAUCCAAUUAUUAGGCACCUGCCUAAUGGACAGACUGUCCCUCUCCUGCCUAGUCCAGUGCAGCUGACUUCAGUUAUAUCUGUUGCAAGGGCAGUGAAUGCCGUGCCUAACAUCCCUGGGAUUCCAGGUCCUCCAGUUGGAGGAGCAAGCAGUGGUUCAUCCUCCCCUUCUGGAUAUAGUCUGCACUCGGAGGCCAAGAUGCGGCUGAAAGCAGCGCUAAGCCAUCAGGGCCCAGGAACACAAGAUGGAGCUGGUGGAGGUUCAAUAACCGCUGUCCCCCAUCAUCAGGAACACAGUCAGCAGCCCACUCAAAACUCAGAUGCUCCAUCGCCCGCUCAACCACAGGUUUCUCCAGCUCAGCCAACAGGGGGCCGGCGGCGGCGAGCGUCAGAGAUGGAUCCUGAUGAGCGGAGGCAGCGUUUUUUGGAGAGGAACCGGGCGGCUGCGUCCCGCUGCAGGCAGAAACGAAAGCUGUGGGUUAACUCAUUGGAGAAGAAGGCAGAGGAUCUCGCCAGCAUGAAUGUCUCCCUGACAAAUGAAGUAACACUCUUGAGGAAUGAGGUGGCACAGUUGAAACAGCUCCUUCUAGCCCACAAAGACUGCCCUGUCACCGUUCUGCAGAAGAAAGCCGCCUUUUUAGCUGCAGGAGGAGAGGAAACGUCUAGGGAUGCUUCAGCUGAACCCAUUGGCUCCCCGGCGGCAGUUAUCCAACACGGACCAUCACCGCCUGCCUCCGCCUCCAGCCCAACCCUCAAUGGGCUGAGCGUGCGCGCUGCUGAGGCGGUGGCUAUGUCGGUCCUAGCUGGGAUGGGUUCUGGCCAGCCCGGAGGGGUUGUCAUGGUGACCCAGUCACAUCCAGCCCCAAGAUGAUAUGCUGACGCAGGUAGCCAGUAUGAACUCGAGUGACAUUUGGAGGCCCGGACUAGUGCAAAGUGUUUGAAAACAGGGAUCCGCGCUCACCCCAAACCCCAGACUAAGAUAAUGUCCUCUCGUCACAGCCAAUGAUAAUCACACGAAGACACAGCACAGUGCCUUCAUCAGCCCUUCACUCCCAGCAGGUUCCCUGUGUAAAGAAAUUGUGUGCGUGUGUGUGCGUGCGUGCGUGCGUGUGUGUGUGUAAAUAUGAAUAACGCAUCAAACACUCACUCUGCAGCGUUUGGGGUUGUUUCGUGUUCAGUAACGACAGCUGGAAAUGGUUUUAGAUUGGAAUAAAAAGUAUGAAUGAAAAUUAUUUACGUGAAACCCAUCACUUCAUUAUUAUUUCAGCUCAAAAUGCAGCGUGUCUACUUUUCUCCCUCAUGCUGCCUGUGAUGAGGUUGGUCGCUUUCCAGGCUCACAAUUUUACUGUAAGAGAUUCUGUAUUUUUUUAUUUGUAAAGGAACGAUUUUUUUAUGUCUGAUACUGUUUGAUGUCAAAAGGUAUUGCUGAUGUAGUUAAAGUAUGCUGAUUGGCUGUCUGGUUGCAGUAAUACACAGCCUGGAAAGAUACUUGCGUUUUUUGUUUACUUUAGAAUCACUUCUUUUGCGUUUCGUCUGUGUCUUCCUAUUGCAUAACAUACCAAACCGUAGAUGCGUAAGCAGUUUACCCGAGUGUCCGCCUGCCUUUUUUUAAAUCAUGAGUUAAAACCCACUAGGAAUGUGUGUUAUUACACUGUUGGUGUACGUAUGAAACCCUAUUGACUGCAUGCAUUAUACGAGGCAGAGGAAUGCCGCUGUUUGUUUGUGCUUCAUCUUGCCAUCACCGAUCUGCAUUUCUGGUCUGUGGCAUCAAAUUAUUGAUGGAGGAAUGUUCCUUAAUGUGUAAGAAUUCAAAUUUUCAGUCCUAAUGCUACACUUGUGAAACGGUUAGCUCUAGUAGCCCUUUAGAUGGUAAUCAAACCUAAUAGAUUUUAAAUCAUUUACCCAGGCGUUUCGUUAAAGGAAAGAGUAGUGCAAUAUAUUUUUCUAUUGAAUAUCAAUGUUCUUGCAUCUCGGAUGUGUGUGUAGCUCGGCCACUGAGAGGAGUUUGAUCUACGUCAGUUAAAAAUACUGAGGUUACCACAAAUGUGAAGAUAAGAUGAGAGACCUAAAGGGUGACUAGACCGGGUGCUCUGCGGCAUUUGAAAAGCUGUCUUGUAUCAUGAAGUAGGUUUAACACUUGUGCACGGGGCUUCUAUCGAAAAGGUUUUGCAGUGCAGAUAAUUUUCUAUCACAUUGUACUUCCACAUUUUUGCUUUCCCUCCUUGUCCCUUUGUGUUUGUUUCUUAACACACCAGUGUGUUAAUGAUGUUUAUUUUCUAUGGGCAUGUUAGGGUUUCUUUUCCAUGUGAUUGAAUUCUUUUAUUUUGUUACAACGUGUCAAUGUCUUUUAUGCGUUUAAAAGGAGUUAAACCACAAGAAAAAAGUCUUGAAGAUAUGACUGGAGGAAGUUUUGUCAAAUACUCAGGCCUCAGGAUGGGAAUAUAACUUGUGUAUAGUCUCAACUACUAAAUAUGUUGUCUUGGGCAAACAAUAAAAUGAAUUUUAAAAAUGAAAA